AUGCAAGGCAAAUUUCACAUUCUUGAAAGUGUUAAUAUUUUAUUGAUAGGAUUUCUUGCUUUUUCGAGUUGCGAAUUUUCCUUUUCAAAUGUGGGUUAUCUCUUGCUUUUCUUGGGUAUCUAUGUAUACGUUCCUGAACUCUGCAACAAGAUUGUUUCUAGGCUUUCUAAUUAUUUCAAGAAUGAUAAAACAAAAGUGAAAAAUACUUCAGAUCAUGAAAAUGACCAAGGUCGUAAGAAACGUGGUAACGGUCAUAACAAACGUGGUAACGAUAGUAUUGGAGGUGGUCUAGGUGUUCUAGAUUACUUAUCUAACCUACUAUUAUGGCUUCUGACUUAA